CUGUGCAUUCCGCGUAGUAUUAAUACUACUUUUGGGUUUUCGCGAACUCCGGAUGGCCAAAGGUCUUAAUUGGGGAGAAGUAAAAAAGCAUCAGUCAUUGAAAGAUCGUUGGAUUGUUAUUGACAACAAGGUUUAUGACGUAUCAAGUUGGCAGAAUAGACAUCCUGGGGGUCGCAAAGUUCUCGGUCACUACGCCGGUCAAGACGCAACAGGUGCGUUCAUUGCAUUUCACAAAAAUCGUCAGUAUGCUGAAAAGUUUUUGAGUGCAUACUACGUCGGAGAUCUGGACCAAGAUUGUCCAGAAGACAAAGAUAUAAAUUCCAAAAUUAAGGAGUACCACGAGGAUCUAGAAGGUGUACGUAAUAUUCUAGUUCAGCAGGGACUAUUUGAUGGAAGCAAACUAUUCUUUGGUACAAUGAUGCUUCAAAUUUUUGUGCUCGAAUUACUGGCAUAUUUCAACUUGGCGUAUUUCGGAACCAGCUGGUGGCGAAUUAUGUUAUCAAUUAUACUGUAUUCAAUAUCUCAAGGUCAAGCAAGUUGGCUGCAACACGACUUAGGACAUCUAUCGGUAUUUGGGAGUACUCGAAUAAAUCAUAUUUUCCAUGAAAUUAUCCUUGGUUUAACUAAGGGAGCUUCUUGCCAUUGGUGGAAUCACAUGCAUUCUCAACAUCAUGCUAAACCGAACGUGAUUGAUAAAGAUCCAGAUACCCGACUAGAACCAAUUUUUGUUGUUGGUGAUAACGUGCUUAGAAGAGCAGCUAGUCCUGAAAGUAAAUGGACGUGGCAUUUUCCUUAUGAACACCAGCAUAAAUAUUUUUUCCUAAUUGGUCCCCCUCUACUAUUUCCUGUUUAUUUCCAAAUCAUGUCCUUCCGUCAUAUGUGGAUUCACAAAAGAAUAGAGGAUUUUCUGUACGUCACGGGAUUUUGCGUAAAGUUACUCUCUCUUUAUUAUUCAUUGCUUGGAUUCUGGGGAACUUUGGGCUAUUUUUUUGUUGUAAGAGUCAUAGAAAGUCACUGGUUCACUUGGGUUAGUCAGUCAAACCAUUUGGCUAUGCCAGUAGAUUAUGAUCGAGCUGAACCAUGGUUUCGUUUACAGCUAAAUGGAACAUGCAAUGUUGAAAAUUCGCUAUUCAAUGACUGGUUUACAGGACAUUUGAAUUUCCAGAUAGAACAUCACCUAUUUCCAACUAUGCCAAGACAUAAUUAUCAUCUAGUAAGGCCUUAUGUAAAAGCUUUAUGUGAAAAGUAUAACCUUCCUUAUCGCGUUAAGCCAAUUGGAAUAGCCUUUAAAGAUGUUUUCAAAAUAUUGAAAUCAAGUGCAGAAUCAUGGAAAAAAGUAAAAUGUGAAAAAGAAAAAUGUAUGAAAAAACUUCUUGAUGAAUAAAUGAAUAUCUUUAUUAUCAUGUUAUUUACAUAUUUCAUAAUGUAUUGUUUCUAAUUAAAAUUGAGCUAAAAAAAAACAUGUUCAUAUAUGAACGUAUUGAUCAUAAUUCAUAACUAAUGAUUGUUAAAGUGCUUUUCUACAUAAAUAAACAUCGACAUAAUUUUCUUUUGGUAAUGAUAUUUGUUUAUUUUUAAUAUUUUAAAAAAAGGUAUUACUUGUUUGUUAAUUGAAAGUGUUCAUCUUAGUUACAGAAUAAAUGCUUAUUCGUACAGCGG